AUGUCUUUCUCGGGAAUAUCUGCAGCACCAAAUCGAGGAUAUUUGUAUUUGUCAGACAAUGACAUUCCUCCAACAACUGAAUAUAUUCGGACGACUACAGAAUCUCUAACAACAACAACAACAAAAACUACAGAUAAUCCGACGACUACAGAAACCUUUACAACAACAACAACAACAACUGAAUAUAUUCCGACGACUACAGAAUCUCUAACAACAACAACGACAACUACAGAUAAUCCGACGACUUCAGAAACUCUAACAACUUCUAUGGAUAUUCAGACGACUUCGAGGUCAUACACAACAAUUACAGAAACUCAAUCCACGACGGAGAAGACGACAUUGCCGAGAGCAUCUGGUAACUUUUCCUGCAUCUGUAAAUGUUAUAGAUAUACAAAUAUGACGAAUGCAGAGCAACAAGAACUAUUGCACAAGUUACAGACACAGCUCACAGUCGCAAAAAAUUCUACGUCUUCGUAUAAAAGAAAAUUCACCAGCGUCUAUGAUCCCCGUCAAAGUAGUAUCACAAUCGGUAUUCUAGCGAUCGCCAUCUUAUCUUUGAUUGCAGGAAUGAUUAUUAUUCCUGAUGCCAUCACGUUUGUCAGGUUCUUACAUAGAUGGCGCUGUUGUUGCAGAAAACACUAA